AUGGUGCACUCUCCGUCCGACUCAGGGAUUAAAAAUGUACGCGACUUCUUUACGUCCGGCGACAAGGAAAAGAUCUCUCCGGAGCUCAAACGAACCCUGUCACUGCUGCAAUUAUCCGGCCUCGACAGCCUCGAAGAGCGUUUCCUCGCGACUGCUGCAUUCCUAGAGCCAUGGGCUGUAUUCCGCGAUUCGAUCUUCCUGUUGCAACCGGAUGCAAUGCCACGCGCGACAAUGAUAGCCACGGAAGAAAGGGAGGAUGGUGUAUCGCGCACGGAUCUAUUGUGGUUUUAUACACAAUUCGACGAAGGGAUGCGCCGCUACGAUCCACGCGCGAACAAGUAUAGCGUGGAGUACACAACAAACUCAAGUGUGUAUGGUGUGAUCGACAAGAGCGAUUGGAAUGUGGAGGCGUACGAGAAGCAUCUCUUCGCUUGGCUGCUGCAGGUAUUCAAGGUCGGUAAAUCACGCAACCCAUGGAGCUUUGACUACUUCGAGCUUCGCAACAUCUGCAUUGCCUGGGAAGCAGUCUUCGUACCGAUCGUUAACGCGGUGCGUGCUUCCUAUAGCGUCAAAGGUCGACGACACUACGGUCGUCUUGCACUCUACAUCGAAGAACGGUGCCCAUCCGCUCUCGCAUUCCCGAAGGGCAACGUAAUGGUACCUGAGGGAAGCUUGAUGUCGCCCACUCCUUAUCGUAUCGUUUCCAUGCCAAAGAAAGUGAUCCGUGAUGACGGCGCAACAUUCCACAGGCGUGUUGAGAGUGCCGGCGUGCUCACACGAAAGCAUUACGACGAAACCGAGAAGGAACUUCGCGACGUGUACCCUCAGUACGGCGGUUUGGUCGAGCGACCCAAGUUCAAACACAAGAUGGAGGAAUGGUUGAAUGAACAACGAGCGCGAGCCGACCGUAGAAAGGCGGCAGAUAUCACUGGUGACGUGAAGAGUUUCCAGCCCCAGAUGUUGAAUCGCGGCGGUAGCCUAAGCCCUGUAAAGGAGAGCUCUCCUGCUAAACACCAGAACAGACAAGGCAAAGACGGCAACGAGAGCCCAAUUAAACGAUACUCAGAUAGUAUUCGUCGCUCGCUGUCUCGAGGCGUGACCAGAAUGGCAUCAAAGGAGGAGCCGAAGAGUCCGUUGCACGGUGUGACACGACAGCUCCAUGUUCCUAAUGAAGGUCCAGCUCGCCGCCCGUCGGGCGCUCGAGAGCUCUCAUCGGCUGAGAGACAUGCGAGCCUCGCUUCAUACGAGUCGUCAGAUACUACCAUGAUCACGCCAUGGCCGCGUCCCGAUACAGAGCGCAAGCCAUCCGAGCAAAGCGUCUUCACUUUGAUCCGUAACUCAAAUCCUUUCAGCCUAUCCGAUAGCCCUCAAACCAACCAAACACAUCAUAAUACGGACGUGUCAGAAUCUUCGCCGAAGAUUCAAUUGGAUGCUGUACCGCAACCACUACAUCGUGAGUACCGAUGUGGUGUACGGGUUGCACCACGGGUCUUGGAGAAAAGUUCUUACGCAGAUGUGCGGGUACCAAGCUAUGAGGGCAGCGGCUGGGACGACGAGAUCUCGUUGACGAAGCUUCACACUGUGCGUGAGGAUGCUGUUCGUAAUCUGCAAUGUAUUCAGCCUGCAAAACCAGCCACAAGGCUUCCUGUUCCCAUCAACCCAGCUGCAUAUGCCGGCAAUCUUCGUAUCGCUUCGAAGGACAGCCACUUCAAGGAAACACCCAAAUCUCUUGCCUGGCCAGGCACUUCUCCUCCUAAUGCAACAGCAUGGCCUGGGAUGGACGAGUUGAUUCCGUCCGUACCAUCUAAGAGUCCCGACAGACGGAACAACACCCGGGGCUAUGUCAGCAGUUCUCGUCCUCAACAGCUUAUGCGCGAUAAAUCUGAUCGUGGUAUGACUCGUAUCGUUUCGAAGGAAAAUAUCCGCUCAGCACUCAGAGGUAGCUCCCGAGACAGCUCAGCCGAAGACCUCACCCUGCAGCCUCCCAUACGCAACCUUCAAGUACAGAAUAGGACCAUGAGUCCUGGCGGUACCGGGCUGCAGACGUACAACACGAAUUUUUUCCCACGUAGGGACGAGCGCAAAGGAACGCUAGUAGGCGGGUGGGUUGGUACAGAAAAGUGCAGAGAUGCGCCUGGCGGUCUCUAUGAGAUGGAUACAUUCAGCAGAGCGAGAAAUGGUGAGGACUUGCAGGGUACAACUUCAGGAAGUAAUACACGAUACCAUGAGAGGUACCACGGAAUGCAUGAGCCCGAAGACCGUUGCAGCUUCGAGAAACGGAUCUAA